UGCAGAGGAAUAUUAGACAGAGAUGGUUAGGAAAACAUGUAUGUAAAUCUCAUAACCAAGCAUAUGAAAAUCUGAAGGAAUUACGUACAAACCUAACGUUAGGGAAUAUAUAGCUUAAAAAUGUGGCAUGAAGCCAGGAAGCAGGAGAAGAAAAUCAGAGGUCUUAUGGUGGAUUACAAGAAAAGGGCAGAUCGACGAAGAGAAUUCUAUGAGAAAAUAAAACUUGAUCCCACCCAGUUUUUGAGGGUGUAUGGUCGUCCCGUGAAGGUGAAUUUAGAUCCUGCAGUGGCUAUUGCAGCAGAGAGCCCACAAAGCAUGAUGCCUUGGCAAGGGGACAAAGAAAACAUGAUUGAUAGAUUUGAUGUCAGAGCACAUCUAGACAUUAUGCCAAAAUUUAAUCUUGUGGCACCACCCAUAUUGAGUCAGAGAGAAGAGGAAGAAGAGAGGAGAGCAAAUUAUGAGAGAUAUCGAACAUUGGUUGAAAAUGAAAGUGCAGGAGUUUCAGAGGAACAGGCUUUGCAUCAAAUUUAUAUUGAUGAAAUGUAUGGUGCUGUGAACAAGGGGCCAGAGGAUGAGAAAAAGAAACUGGCAGAGAGGAAGGCAGCAAUAGGUUACACAUAUGAAGACAGCACACCAACCCCUGACAAAAAAGAGGAGGGAGAGAGUGAAGACGAGGACUCUGACAUAGAUGUAGAAGCAAUGGAUCUAGAUGUUACUCUGGACAUUGACACAUUGACAAAUGAACAAAAGACCUUGCUGAACCAGUGUGCGCAGACGUAUGGGAUGAAGGAUGAGGACUUUGUCUGCUGGUUAUCAAGAGACAAAGAGGAAAUGGAGGAAAUACGUCAAGCAAAAAUGUUGGAAGAGGAAAAGGCACAGUUUGCUGGAAGGAAGUCGAGAAGAGAAAGAAGAGCUUAUAAAGAGAAGAAGCUUGCUGGCAGGAAACUCAGCCCACCAAGCUAUGCUGCAAGAGAUAGUCCAAAAUAUGAACCAUAUCAAAGAAAGUCUUCAUCAUCAAGAUCCCGCUCUCGUUCACCUGAAGAGCCCAAGAAGACAAAAGUGGAGUUUAUAACAAGUUUUGGAGGAGAAAGUGAUGAAGAGGGUGUGCUCCAGGGUCCUGCCCUUCCUCCACAAUUAAGUGUUAGCGAGUCUUCACAGACAUGUAAGAAGAAAAAAGAAAAGAAGAGACGAAAAAGAAGAUACUCAUCUGCAUCUAGAUCUCGAUCAAGAACUCCACAGAAAUCACAGUCUAAAUGUAAAUCACCAGAAAAAUGUAAAUCUUUCAGUGAAAAGACAGUUAAUGAAUCUCCCCAAAAGGAGAAAAAUGGCAAGCGAUCUGGAGAUACUAGAAUGUCUUCUGGAUCUCCGCGUAAGACAGUCAGUAGUGCCAGUCACUCAAGAUCUAGGUCAAGAUCCUAUUCAUCUUCACGAUCAAGGUCAAGAUCAAAAUCUUCCAGGAGUAGAUCAAGGUCAAGUAGAUCAAGAUCUAAGUCAUCAAGAUCAAGUUCUAGGUCUACAAGUCCUGAUAAACCUGUAAUAAAACGAUACCGUAGGAGGAGCCUGUCAUCUUCAGCUUCUAGCAGUGAUUCAGAGUCUGAUCGGAAAGGCAAAUCAAGCAUUCAAAAAUCUGGAUCUGGUGUGGGUAAAACAUCCUUGGCCACGUCUCAAGUCAUGAAACUCACACCACAAGAACGCCUUAAGAGAAGAAUGCAAGCAGCAUUAAAUAAACAAUAUAAGGCAGACAAGAGAGCGGACAUUGAGAGACAGAACAAGAUGGAACAGGAACGUAUGGACAGAGAAGAAGAACUAAGAAUUAGGACUCUAGAAAUGAGAAAAAGGGAGAGGGAAAAACGACACAGAGAAUUAGAAGGGCGACAAAAUAGCAGUGACUCUGAUGAGAGAAGCAACAGUCCUCAAGUUAGAAAGCGAAGUCCUAGUCCUAAACAUAGGUCCCCAAAGCCAGAGAGACGGAGAAGUCCUCAGCCAGAACGUCGUCGAAGUCCUUUCUCAGAUCGAAGAAGAAGCCCAUUACAGGACCGCAGAAGGGGUUCCCCUUCUGAAAGGAAGAAAAGUCCAAUUAGAGAGCGCAACAGAGGUUCACCAGACAGAGGAAGAACCCAGUACUCUGAGAGGAGACGUAGCCCAGGGCAUUUAAGACGGAGUGGGGAUAGACACCGUAGUCCAGUCAGAGGUAGACGAGAAAGAAGCCCAAGAAGUUAUAGGCACAGAUCAAGAUCCCGUUCAAGGUCACGAUCAAUGGACAGAAGACCAAGACUUGUGAAUUACUGACAGAACAACAAAGAGUGUGAAUGUUAUCAGAAAUGUUAAUUGAACUACAGUGUGAUUUAAGAGAAUAAUUUGUACAGAAACAGAAGAGAGAUUCUUUUAAACUUUGUGCACAUAGUACCGGUAGAAUCUGAUUGCCUAUUUAUAUACCUUAGUACUGUAUGUCUGACAAUCAGUAGUAAGGGUUUAACAAUAUAUCGAUGCAUUGUGAUACAGAGGGGAAUGAUACAUCAAUAAAUAAAAUGAAGAAUCCA